ACGCAUUCAGUUCUGAAAUUUCGGACUUCCUGAACGAUAUUUGACCGUAAGUCAAAUUUGAUGAGGAGCAUGUCGUUGCGUAUCCUAAAACAAUAUGAAUUGCGGCAAAUGCUCUGCCCGCAUUUUUGGAGUAAGAAUGCUGCCUCUCGCUUAUUGUGCGCAAGCUUUCCUCGACUUUCUCCACGACCAGAGAACACGCUGUCUACUCAAAACAAUGGUUAAACUCACUUGUGGAAUUUCUGUUCUUGGGUUGACUACAUUAGGCGGCGAGCCAACAUACGACGCCAACUUCUUAUCAGCCGUCUCCUUCCGCCGUCUGAGCGCAAGAACGUCACUGAGCUGCACACCUAUGACCCAGCGGUCGCAGGUACGGACAGGGUUGUUGCGCCGCUGCUUGAAGCCAAGGGAGUGUUCUAUGGCGGCGACAGGCAGUGGCGGCACGUUGAUUGGUAUGCGGGCACGAAGACAGAGAGAGCGGUUCAGGCCGUGCUUGAUCUGGGUGGUGUGGUGUCUGACUCGAGUGCUGGAGCGCAUAUCCAGGGCAGUUUCCUGGCGAGAGAAGAUACGGCGAACAAUCAAGUCAUGAUUGGGGGCCAUACGGUUGGGUUCGGAUACUUGAAGAAUACGGCAAUCGAUCAGCACUUCUUGGCGAGGAACAGGCAGUUUGAUCUCUUCGAUAUUAUGAAGGUGUACCCGGCAUUGCUAGGAUUGCUAUUGAUGAGGAUACGGCGCUGAUUGUGAAUAGAACGAUGCGGAGGUGUUUGGGAGUACUUAUACUGCGUUCUAUGAUGGGGAUUUCGGUCGAGGGAAGGGAGUGAGCUGAAGAAUCUGCCGCCGUCUGAGUCAAGGUUAUAUCUCCUCAAGGCUGGCAAUAAGUACGAUCUGGGUUUGAGGAAGGUUGUCGAAGCUGAGACGAUAGUCGAACAGAGCGAAUUGUAGGAGACUAGUGGAACAUUGGC